AUGCUGACAGCAGCAAGACUGGUUCUUCCAGCUGAGGCAAUCCUGGCAGCGAAAAUGCUGCCAGAGGCAAUGCUGGCAGCGGCAAGGCUGGCAUCCAUGGGCGUUGACGAACAGGCAUCCCUGGGUGAUGACAAACAGACAUCCCCGGGCUGUGCGGGACAUACAACCCUGGGCAAUCCAGGCUUGGCAGCCCCAGGGGGUGGAGGCUUGGCAGAACUAAUCGUUGCAGGCUUGACAGACCCUUGGCAGGAUGACUGUUUCAGUGGUGGCGCAUUGCAUGAAGAGAAAUUACAAACGCCAAUGUAUAUUAUUAUCUGUAACCUUGCUUUGUCUGAUCUCAUAUACAGCACAGUUAUAAGCCCUAAACUAAUCCAGUCCUAUCUGCUUGACUUGAAUGCAAUACAAUUCCAUGUGUGUUUCAUCCAGAUGUAUUUUUUACACUUUGCUGGCUCGGUGGAUUCUUUCAUGAUGCUUGUGAUGGCAAUAGACCGCUAUGUUUCAAUAUGUUUCCCUUUAAGGUACCCUGCUUUAAUUACCAAUAAAAAUGCACAAAUCCUGUGCACUGUAGCCUGGAUAUUAGCAGCAAUCAGUCCACUGCCUGCAGUUAGCUUUUCUGCUAUACUUCCUUAUUGUGGUCCUAAUAAGAUAAACCAUUUGUACUGUGAAAAUGGCUCAGUCACCAGACUUGCUUGCACUGACACAACUUUCAAUAUAAUUUUUUCAGUUAUAGUAGGGUGCGUAGUCUUAAUUAUUCCAUUUUUUAUUAUUCUGCUUUCUUAUUUAAAAAUAAUCAUCACUGUACUUAAGAUCGCAACAUCAGAAGGUAGGAAGAAGGCAUUUUACACAUGCAGCACACAGCUUAUUGUGAUUUCUAUUUUUUUCAUUCCAAGAUUAUUUGUAUAUAUUGCUUUAGUAGCUGGGUUUUACAUGUCAGAUGUGGCCCGUAUCUCUUUGGGUGUCAUCUAUUGCCUGCUACCUCCAUUAGCAAACCCAGUAAUCUAUACUUUCAGGACUAAAGAAAUCAAGCAGUUUAUUUUCAAAUUGUUUAAACUGAAAACAGUUGUUCCCAGAGAGGACACAAUGGGAGCUGUUUGUGCUUGA